AUGUGCAUUUGCCGCCUUACUUGAGAGCCGCUCAUAGAAUGGUUUACUUGCUUAUGAAAGAAUAGCCUACGCAUACUUAUAUCGAUUAAGAAUUAAUGGAUAUUUCGCAAGCACACGGUGGAGAUGUUGUCAAUAUCGCGAAUUACUUGCUAAAUGAUUUAAAGAAUAGCUAUCAGAUCUGGGAAGAGCUAAUUUCAAAAUGUACCAAAUUCCAUUCAGCUUUAAAAGUUGCGACUCAGGCGUCAUCUGCAUUUUUGGAUACAUUUCAAAAGGUGGCGGAUCUGGCUACAAAGACGCUUGGAGGCAGCAAAGAAAUCGGUGCUUGUCUGACCCGUUAUUGUAUGCGCCAAAAAAGCUUAGAAUCCAAAGUAAAAUCCAUGGGAAAUCAUCUGGUCACUAGUCUUGCCAACCCUCUCAAUUCGAAAGUAGAUGAGUGGAAACGUAAUCUGUGUCAGUUAGAAAAAGACCGAACUCGUCAAACUAAAAGAGUGCGUGCGGAAUUGAAGAAAGCCCUUUCUGAAGCACAAAAGUGGGAGAAGAAGGCCGCUAAAGUUGGUAUUACUGGUGGUAGUGGUGUGGGACCCGGUGUAGGCCAUGGUGUUAUACCUCCUGCAAAAUACAUAUGCUCCAAUUCUGAAUCAAAUGCAAUUAGUUUACAAACUGCUAAGGCUGCACGUGAAGUCGGAAUCAAGAAGGAAUUAGUUGAAAAUACAGAGAAAUCUGCGAUGCGUUUAUUGCUACUUGAGGAACGAAGCCGGUUUUGUUUUUUCGUCUCUUGUCUUCUUCCAAUUCUUGAGUGUCAAUCAAGCAUGUUACAUGAAAUAGCCACUAUGGAUGAACUUAUUAAGACCCUAACAAAAGAAACUGAGUUUCCAGAUCAGUUGGUUGAGGACGUAGAGUCUAUUGUACUGAGGAUGGGACGACGUGAUUUUUCUGCUUCUUCUCGAGGUAGCAGUAAAAUCAUGUCAGUUUUCGUACCAGAUAGUGGAGAUAAGAUGAACAAUAUAAAUGAAGUUUUAGGAGGUUUGCUCAUGACUAAUGGUAAUCGAAGCUAUGUCAAUUCAAGCGAUACGGAGUCUGGUCGUCACGGUGCCGACAUAAUGUCAUCAUAUCCAAUUUGUCGUGACUUAGAAACGGUCGGCCGAUGCAACUCUGUAUGUGACAGUGUUGAUAUUUCUCUAUGUGGAGCCAGUUCACAUAGUGGCAGUGGGGGAAGUAAUUGUCCAUCCCUUUUGUCCCCGCACGUGGUAAUGUCGCUCAUUUGGGUAGUCGUGAAUCAAGUCUUAUUUCUGUGGAUAGUGCAGCCUCAGGAAGUGGCAAUGCAAAUUCUACAUACUCUAUUGGAACUUCAAAUACAAACAUACCACAUUCUGAUCCUGUAAGUCUUUAAGUGAUGGUGUUUUUUCAGUAACUACUUUCUUGGUUAAUGAGAUAUUUGCACUUGGAAUUUACUGUUUUAGUUGUUUUAAGCAAAGUUAGCAAAUAAUACGCUUUGUAAUUAGUUUGGUAAAUCUAUCAAUAACUUUGUAACCAUGUAAAAAAACCUACCGAUUGCGUUAUGACUAUGGAGUUUUAUAGUUUUGGUUUUCAGUCAGGUAUAUUCCUAACACUUAUCAACAAUUUCAUCGCAAAUAACUUUAAAGACUCACUAACCUGGCAUAGACAGUGAAUUAUUGUAACCUACUUGUCAAUCUCUAGUUCUUAUGCUUCGCUUUGAGUCAUGUGUAUUAGUUUGUGAAAUUUCUCAACUCCUCAAACUGAGUUAGGUUUGCUGGGGUCUGAACCUUCAGUCUUAUGACUGACAGUUCAAACCUUGCUUCAGCUGAUAAAGUUUAAAAAACCGAGUAGCACAGAAAGAUUUAUAUUCUUAGUCCAAUGAAAUUCAUUUAAUUUCGUAUGUGAGUUUGCACAUAGUAGCUGGUUGAUAUUGGUUUCGAAUGAAAAAUGCUAUCCGGAAAUCUUAGACUUCAAAUCUAGUUUAUUUCAAUGUGUAACACCUUUUUGUUUAGCAUAAUCAAUGACAUUUUUGGAAAUAACCUUCCAGACGUCGUUUUUUGAAAAUUACAUUCUCUUCACUUGUAUACCUAUUUCAUAAAUUGCCUGACUACUGUCCGCAGCUUUUUGUCUGCAUUCAUUUAAAAAAUGUGCUAUUGAAAAAAACAGUCUGGAUUUGCUGCUUUAUAUAUGAUCGUAGUAUGCAAACUAUUUAACUAUAGUGAACACAAAUAAGACCAUGUAAAUACUUUCUUCAUUGCCUAAAACUUUUCAAUCUACCAAAUCGGCCGGUGUUUACACUAAAGUCAACAAAAAAUGUAGAAUUUG